AUGAUCGUUUUUAUCAUCCAAUAUUACAGAAAAACGCUAGGGCUGCACUCAUUUUACUUUUUUCUUGUAAUCCCACGAAGAAACUGACACUUGACAUUCAAUCGAACGAUUCUAAAUCAAUAUUUUGACACGUUUCGUGAUCCCGGCGCUUUCAACACUGCGGUAAAAUGACGUGUGAUGCAUCCGAUUGAUUUGUAAGCCGUACCCUGCGGUUUAUUCUAACUAUAAGGUGCUCUUUCGCCGAGCGCCUGAUGGCACGCGACCAAACAUUUACGUCGGAAGUGCAGGUGAUUCAGGCGUGUUUGAUGAUCCUUUUUUCUCUCACGGCUUAUGUUUAAAUGGUGGCAGGUUCUUCCGUAUCGAUCAAACAUCAAGGAUCGAUUCUUCUUCGGUAUUUUCGGUCGUUGAAUGUGUUUGAAAUUUUUUUACAGACUGGCUUAUCUCCAGCACUAUUUUCGGAAGGGAGUUUGGAGUAUUUUAUCGCAUUCCUUUGAGCCCUUAAAAAGUUCAUCGCGAUGAUUCAAGCUUUGAGAACAUUUCUAGAAUUUUAAAUCCUCGAGGAAUGCAUUUUUUUCUUUCUUCUCUUUAUCUGCUUCCCAUUCGAAUUUUUAUAAUCCUCUAAUAAUACUCUGAUGGACGUUACUCUGACUAGAACGCACAAGAGUCGUUGAUAGCUACUGUGUUUUAAAUUUUUAGUGUGGUUUGAAAAUUCACGUCACUUUUUCACGAGCUGGAAUAGAAUCUCGUUAGUUCUGCAGACGAAUUGCGGUACGGUUAUCAAAUAAUUUCCGUGUUUGAAAAAAAAAAAGGAUAGGAAAGGAAAUAAUAAAAAUCCUACACCUUUCGAGUUUUAUGUCAGCUCGUAAAAAAUGAUCAUCUAGUUUUGAACAAUCUUAACAUCAACGACAUAAAACAGGUUGAAAAUUCGUCGAAUAACUUUCUUUCUGUAUGCGUAGUCCGUUCAGAGUGUCGCUCGUAAAUUUCAGUUGAAAAAAAAAAAAAGAAUAUAGGUACGUUCAUUAGUUUCAUUGAACAAAACUACUUCAUGUGAUUGGCAGUAAUCUUCCUGACGUUCGUGAUAAAAAUUUUUAAAUUCAUCACAAUCACUGCGAAUCAAGGGAGGUCGUACGUUUUCAAGGUUAUUCUGAAACGAUAAAGGAAGAGAAUGAAAAAAUGAAAUAUUCGGUCAACGAUGAAUCACAUGGUCGGUGAAAAAAAAAAUUGUGCAUCGUUCAAAUUUGGCGAACUUUUGAUCGCAAUACAGAAAGAAAAAAAAAAAAAAACGUCGAUUAUGAUAACGUAGGAUAAAAAUAAAGUUCACAAUUAUUAUUUAAAUAAUAGACUGCAGGCGUAUUUCAUGUACCUUGAACCGUCGAUGACGUAUGAAGGUUGAUUUCACCCACGCAAAUUUCGCGGACAUCAUUCAAAUACGACCUUAUAUGAACUACGAACAAUUACGACUCGAUGAAAUUUGACUCCUCGUGACGUUUGUAAUUAUUUUUUAUCUUCCGUUAAAUCAUUCUCGUCGCCAGAUGUGGGCAGAUCGUAUUCAAAAUUGGACCAAUUUCAUGAACUGUGAUGAAGAGUAAGUUCGAAAAUUUCUCCUUUCGAAUAUAAGCGCGUGUGUUUACCGAUAAAUAACAUAAACGAAUAAUUGAUAUUCUCAAAUUGAUAUCUUACGAAUCACGACCUCGUUUGACGAUCGCUGUGUGCAGCAACGACGCGUACGUCUAUACCGGUCUCUCAAAAUCCGUGUCAUGGUCAAGAAUGAUGAACAGAAAAAUUCUGAGGAACCGACACGCCGGCCUGACGUCCUGGAGGAUAUUCUCUAAUAAGGGCCACUGAAAGGCUCGUGCCGUCUGGGAGUAAGUGAUGACGUUGUCUCCAAUUCUGCCGUCUGUCUGGCUGCAGUAAAACUACGGCCUUGAUAAAAACCACAUUGUUUCCUUUAUCUUCCUUUUUUAAACACGUACAUGAACAAAGAGAGACCGAAGCAGAUUUCUCUGGGAGAAAAGGGAACAAAACAGAUGUCACGAGCGAAUCCUUCGGGAUAUUUUUAAACGUUGCGAAUUCUAUCGUCCAUCGCUAACCGAGGAUACAUAUCAGAAUUAUGUAGAACGUUAUGUAUCAUAUACACGCUUUACAUGAGUUCGCUAGGUACAGUUUUAAAAAUGACAUCAUCGGCUGCAAAUGCACUUGCACCGCGAAUGUUGUCGAGUACUUUUUCAUGGCGUGUAAUCCAUUUUAUGGUGUAACCAACUGUUUGCACUUAUUACUACACUGUGUCACAUGUCUUGUAGCUUUUGGAGCGAGUUUUUCUUUUUCUUUUUUCAUCUGUUCACGUAAAUCAUGAUCGUCAUGGAGAUAUGUAAAUCGUAAUCCAUUUAAAAUAAUUAGCGAAGAUGAACAAAACACACUUUUUUCUGGCGAAGUCAACAUGUUAUACCGGUUACAUAAGUAUGUGAUUUUUCAACUCGUUUUGGAAUUCUCUCAUUGAUGAAAAAAAUGUGAAAAAAAAAUCGCCGUAGACGUUAACGAACAAUGUAGAUAGAGAAGACUAGGUUUCCUUUUUUUUUUUUAUUCCCGUCUCCAUUUUAGGAGAAUUCAUUAUCUUGGAAUGGGAGAUGGAUAUGCGUGUAUAUCCUUGACUCUGAAAUGAGAAUGGUUGGAUAUUUCGAUGGAAUCUGUAUCCGAAAUGACAAGAGAAGAUUUUUUUCUCAUUCGUUGAAACGUUGGAAGAAGUUUUCGACAGGUGAAAAACAAAAAUAGUGAAGUGUGCGUCGUGGCCGAUGUGAAAAGAAAAAUAAAUAAAAUAAGCAGAUCGUGCGAAUGACCAUAAAUGGUUUUAAUGACUGAUGACUUCACGCGGUGAAAAUAGCCUGGAGGUUCAAUUCGAUUCGUUCAGUGGUUCUCAUUCGAUAUUAUUAAGUAAUUUAAUUUUUUUUAGGAUUCAACGUAUCGUGAGAAUGGAAAAAAGCUCAGUUGCGAGAUAUUUGAAAACGACGAUCAUCUGCGGUGGAUAUCUCUUUUUCAAAUAAUGAUAAUGAUUCAUAUCGAGACGUCGAUCUGUAUAAUUUAUAUCAUUUAUUGCGUUCACAUUUGUACGUAAAUGCUACAUACUUUCGAACUGAUAUUUUAUUCAAUUCGCGUAUACGUAUAAACGCGUGUAACGAGAAUUAACAUUUGUAGAAUUAAAGCCGGUGGUCCCUGGAUAUCGAGAGUAUCUGCAAAUAAGGAAAUGAAUCCAUUUGGUCUCAGUUUCAUAAUGUAUACACAGGUAUACACGUAUGCAGCUAACGUACUAUAUCCACCUACUUCAUAAUUCAAAGGAAUUGAAAAAAGUAAAAUAAAAUAAAAUAAAACAUUCGAAGGACCUCCGAUUAAAUGAAUCAAGGAAAACGCGGUGAAAGUGUGUACGCAGUUAUUCAGAUUGACAUAACUAUGCAUUUACAAUUUUCAAACCGAAAAUGGAUAACUAGACUACAUGAAACUCGAUUACGUUAUCCUAAUUAAUUACUCAAUCAGAUCAAUGAAUCUUAAUCGAUCGAUCACGUGUAUAAAAAGAUCACUAGAUCACAAGAAGAAAAAAAAAAACUUAAACGAAGAAAAACUUCAGUUUCAAAAGAUUCAAUUAAUCGCUAUGUGUUGUCAAAUUUGUUUUUGACUCUCAAUAAUACGAGGUGGUUUAUUUUUGAGUCUUCAGUUUCACCGGUGGGGUCAUAGAAGUUGAGAGAAAAGCCUCGCCCCGUUUGAAGCCAGCCUGACGUUGUUGUAUGUAAGCUGCAGACGGAGCAACAAUUUCUCAGACCGGCGACCGGUUCGCCUACUUGAAAUCGUCGAAUGUUAACCAAAUACGGGAAGUCGCGUAUGAGGUCGGCCACGGCUGUGUCUACCUAUAAUGUUUAAAGAAAGAUCGCGAAUAUUUUUACGCCGUACGUUCGGUAUACCGAGGAUAUUUGAGCUUUACAAAAAUACAAGCGUGACCAAUUUCCUGUCAAACAAAACAGAAUAAAGAAAAGUCAAAAAAGAACAGCGAGAGAGGGAAAAGAUCGAGUCACCCCGCCCACGUCUAACGUAUCGAUACCGCAUCAGAAUCAGAAUACAGAAGGGGAUAAAUUAAUUUUCUCGAAUGUUCGAUUGAUUUCCUGAAAGAAAACCAUUUUCUCAUUUGCGUUUUCCAUGACAGUGCAUCAGUCAUGAACAUAGCAACGCAGAUUUUGCUUCUUCCGAAACUGAGACAACAGAUGAGGGAGGAUCAGACCUUGCUGUUUUGUGAAACCGUUUUUUAUAAGAAGAAAAAAAAAAGUUCAGUCGAUGGAAAAAAAAUUGACAAAGUUAAACUCGUCAGCUUCGUGCCAUGUAAGGAUCUGCACUGAUCACCGAGCAUUAUAAUUAUGUCACGCUGCGGUUUCAUUGCGACACCGGUAUUACCUGCGUGCAAAUUCUCGAAAUUUCAUCACGGCUUAUCGGAAAAGCUCGCGAUUGGCUGUCACGGCGUUUCAAACAUCGCUAUGGAAGCCACGCCGUCAUGGUGAAAAUAAAAAUGGAAACUUAACGUGAGCCUCGUCAUUUUAAGAUCGUACUUUAUUGGAGAAUGAUCGUCGAUUCACUGAGUCGAUUAUGGCUCGAUGAAAAGCAAAAUUUCGACUCAACUGUUGAGAUGUUUGAGCAGCUUUUCAUGACUCCGGAGCUUUGGUCAAAGUAUCUUAUGAUGUUGUAGAAAUAUGAGUUUUAUGAUGAAACUUCUGUGACGUUAAGUCACCACAAAGCAUUUCCGGAUCAAGAAGACAUUUCUUCAUUAUCAUAUGACUGGGAAAAAGAUGGUGACGAUUGGUUAGUUAGUUAGUUAGUUAUUAUCUUGCGCUUGAGAAGCACGCGUGAUCAGCCUAGUUUUACAAAUGAGCGAAUGUUGGAAGAAAAAAAGAAUUAAACGAAUGAUAAAAUAAAAUUUAUACGAUAUGGAUAUCGAGUGACACGAAGUCGAAUGUUUCCUGAAAGUUUCCAAAAUUUGCUACAUCCUGUCGAUUAAAAUGUACCACGAAAGGUGAGUGAAUUUCUGUCACAUUGGUAAAGAAAUUUUCUAAAGAAAAAAACUGAUGAUUCUAUUCGACAGAAGAUUCGUGUCCAUCGUCGCCUUUCUCACGAUAUUUGGGACCGGAACAUCGCUGGGGAUGCGAUACGAGCUGAAAUACUUCGACAGCAACCCUGGUGUCUACUUCGAGUACGUGGGGACCUUGAGCACCUACAACAGCAAAUGGAAUCUGAUAACCCAUUCCAGCAUACUUUCAUUUUUCGAAAGACAAGAAUUUCUCGAAAAUUAUUACGAAGCUGCGUCAACUGCAUGUUCAAUUUCAGGGGUUGAUAGAAGCCAGGAUUAUUCCGAAUGUAAAAAAUUACUGAACCAAGUUCGGCAGGAACUGGACGAAAUCCAACUGAAAUUUGAACACCUAGCCGGAAUCGCGGGGAACGUUACUAUCCUAAAAGAUCACGGGAAAUUUUUGAACGUCACGAACCUGCAAUCCUUCAGAAAACUUUUCGGGAACUUGGAUUCCACCGAUGCUGAAUAUUACGACACGCAGAUUCGCGGUCAUCACAACCCCAUCGAAUUGGCUGCGAUGAAACAGACGAAUGUUCGUCGAACGAGUUUGACGAAUCUUAAAAAUUCAGUUUACGAUUUUAGAAUUCAUGAGACGCUUUUGAAACUCGGGAUCACCCGUUUGCAAAAGGAUCACGGAAUCGGCUAUCCAGCUUUACGAGAGGAUUUCGAUAAACUUAUUCCAAUUUUUACUUCGCUAGCAAAUGACCUGGGAAACGAUAUCAACGGUGUGAUCGAGUAUCUGGUUUACAUUAAAAAGGGCGCGCUUCAUCCCAGCGUUCUUUCGCCAGCUGAACUAAUAAAACUUCUGAAACCACAAGUCGGAUAUCUGUCGCCCGGUUCAAAUUUUCCCGUUGACUUGCUACCGGAAAAUGCGAAUUUAUUGACCAGAUUCGUCGAAUUCAAAGCUUAUUACGUCAAUUACGAGAUUGUGACGAUAGUCGAGAUACCGAUUUUGGAAAAGCAGGUUUACGUUUUACAAAGAACGAUACCUUUACCUGCCAAAGUGGACACUAAUCUUUACGGCUACGUCGACAUGGCGAAAAAUUUGACAGCGAUCGACGUCGACUUCAAAACUUAUCUAGACGUGACCGAAGAAGACCUCGAACAAUGUAAGAAGGUCAACGAUCGUUACGUGUGCAGAAAAAAUUACCCCAUGAAUUUUCUCCAUUCCCACGAUUCUUGCGAAAUAAAAUUGCGUUGCAGGCCGAAUCACCUUCCGGAAAAUUGCAAGGUCAGGUACGUUCAUUUGACGAAGACGUUGUACAUGGAUUUGGAGGACGAGGGUAGGUGGCUCUUCGUCGCGCCGAACGAAGAGGAAGUCCGAAUAACCUGCGCGAACGAAAGAGAACAUUUUGUGACACUGAAAGAUUCGGGAAUAAUUUCAAUCGACGGCAAGUGCAAGCUUUCUUCGGAUCAGCUUGUGCUCGAGAGUAAAAAUUCAACGAUAACGGAAGGUCAUCGCGGUUAUCUUCCACCCUUCGAUCUGUUCUUGGGAGAGAAAGAAAAAAGCGCUUUGAUCGAAUUCGAAAAAUUGUACGCUUCCGAUUUGCAGCCAGUGAGGAUAACUGCUUCUGAGGAUUUGGAUAAAAUAAGUUUCCAAUUGGUCGAACUUGAAGAAGACCUUCAAAAAAUUGCUGAUCAACGUCAUUCCAGGUUACAUUUCGAACACUCGAUUGCUCGAAUAAUUCUGUGGGUCAUGGGAACGAUUAUCAUAUCGGUGGUCCUGGUGUAUCUGGUAUAUAGGAUUCUAACGCUUUGGAGAUGUUACUUGAAAAUCAGUAGCUGCGGAGAACGUAAAAGUCCAGCUUCAUGAGAUGGAAUCCAAAAUAACCGCUAUGGGAACUCGAGUACAAUGGUUGUUGGAAAAUGAAAUCCGUCUAUUCCGAGGUGUUGGAAAUAUAAAAAAAUCACUGUCCCCGCAUUCGUCUCUCUUCAUUUUCCCCGUAACGUAUCUAGAACAUUUGAAAUCAUUCGAUCGCGAAUACGGCGAUUCUAGAACGAAUCGCAAGUACCAAAUGUGGUGCAAAUUUUCCGAAGAAAAGCCUCGAAGCCCAUAAGGAACUGGGAUUUCCUCCAAGUCGUAUGGAUCUCGAAACACGAAACCGCGCAGACUGUUCGUCGUUCGCAUUUCUCACUGCGAUUUCCCAGUAAAAGAUCAACAUCAUAAUUACGCAGAAUCUGUAACCAGCAAUGACCUAAUGCAGUAAAAACAUAGCGUAGUUAUUUAUUUAUUUCAUUAUAAUUAUUAUUUAUUUUUUCUUCCA